UUCAGUCUGCCUCUACUGUCAUUCGUCUUGUCAUAACAUAUCAAGCAUGUUUUACUUAUGUACUAAUAGAAAUAAACGUGUUUUGCCGCAAAUUGUUUUGAGAUAAAUGAUAUUUCUAGGAAAAUUGAAAUAACAUUUUAUUCUACAAUGACGAUAUUUCAUGACGAAAUUGAAAUUGAGGAUUUUGAGUACGACGAAGAUGACGAAAUGUACUAUUAUCCCUGUCCUUGUGGGGAUAGAUUUCAAAUUAGUAAGGAAGAACUAAUGGCUGGGGAAGAGGUAGCAACAUGUCCUAGCUGUUCACUGGUGGUCAAAGUUAUAUAUGAUCUGGAAAAAUUCAAAGCUGAAGCAGAAGAGUUGCAUGAUAAUGAUAUUGGUGAUAAAGAAGCUGUGAAGGCCUAGGCUCAGAGAUGAUUACCUGAUUAUUGGAAUUCACCUGUGUGAUUAAAUUCACUCCUAUAUGAAGCUGUUUGUGUAGUGAGCAUAAUUGAUAUCAUUUCAGAUAUGAAAUGUGAGUGGAAGCAAUGAGAAUAGUUGAAUGGAAUUCAGCAUCUGUGAUGUUAUGUGAUACUAAAUACAGUUCAAUAUAUUAUAUUGACACAA